AUGCCCUAUGUGGAGCCCAACCCAGAACUUGAAUGCAUUUAUAAGAAUAUAACAAUAGCAGUAGACGCGAGCUGCAAUAUCGUUGCUAACAGCACCUUAUCGCUGCAGGGUAAAUGCGGUGCCGUUCCAGAAACUAAUUUGAUUGUCAAAGAUCCUGGUCAUUCUACCACUCUUAUCAAGGAGUUCGGCAUAAGUUGUAGUUCAUUUAUGUGGAAGGAAGCUGGACUAACAGCAUUUACGAUAGGAGCUAUAACAAUGGUGCCUUUUCUAUCCUCAAUGGCGGACAAGUAUGGUCGAAGACCAAUGAUGCUAGCUUCCCUUACAUCAGCGUUUAUCUGUCAUAUGCUUGCUUCCCUUGCUCCAAAUUACUACCUAUUUAUUCUGCUGCGAUUUCUGAUAGACGUACCUAUCGCUAUACUCGGUGACCAUAUGCGAGUUGAUUCCAUCGGCAAGCAGGCUUUGGAUCGCCUUCGCACAGACGAUAAGUUAGUCUCUAAUUGCACAGUACAGUACCGUCGCUGCCGCAGUUUGUAAAG